UGCCCUGCUGAAACGCUCCUCUCUGGGCAGGAACUAGAUUAUGCGCCCACCUCAUUUUUGCUGGGAUGGUAGCUUUGGGAAGACCGUAGGCUGCUAUGGAAAAUGAGAAAUCUCAGAAACUCUGGGGGUGGGAGAAUAGUUCCUCCUCCUCCCACCUGUAAUCAGAUGAGGCCCAUCUGAGUGACAGUGGCUGGCCUUCUCUCCCCUCCUAGGGGAUCUCCUUAGAGAUCUGGAUAACCAGGCAAGAUUCAGGCCAGGGUGACACUGUAAAUUUUCCAGAACCCUUGUGCAAUUCAGGUGUAGAGGGUGGAAGGUGUUCUUGGGGGCGAGUAACUACAGCUGCUGGAGUGUUUUUGCUGUUAACGACAGAAGUGCCUGUGUGUGCACCCUACCUCACCCCAGCCAUGGCCCCAGUCAGCAUCAACGAGCUCCCUGAGAACAUCCUGCUGGAGGUGUUCACGCACGUGCCCGCCCGCCAGCUGCUCCUGCGCUGUCGCCUGGUCUGCAGCCUCUGGCGAGACCUCAUCGACCUGGUGACCCUCUGGAAGCGCAAGUGCCUGCGUGAGGGCUUCAUCACCGAGGACUGGGACCAGCCUGUGGCCGACUGGAAGAUCUUCUACUUCCUACGCAGCCUCCACAGGAAUCUCCUACGCAAUCCAUGUGCCGAAGAGGAUAUGGCUUCCUGGCAGAUCGAUUCCAACGGCGGAGACCGCUGGAAGGUGGAGAGCCUCCCCGGAGACCACGGGACGGACUUUCCCGACUCCAGAGUCAAGAAGUACUUUGUCACAUCUUUUGGGAUGUGCCUCAAGUCCCAGCUGGUGGACCUCAAGGCCGAGGGCUACGGGGAGGAGCUGCUAGACACGUUUCGGCCUGACAUCGUGGUUAAGGACUGGUUCGCCGCCAGAGCAGACUGUGGCUGUACCUACCACAUCCGCGUACAGCUGGCCUCAGCCGACUACAUCGUCCUGGCCUCCUUCGAGCCCCCGCCCGUGACCAUCGAUCAAUGGAACAAUGCCAAGUGGACGGAGGUCUCGUACACUUUCUCAGAUUACCCUCCAGGCGUCCGCCACAUCCUCUUCCAGCACGGGGGCAAGGACACCCAGUUCUGGGCAGGCUGGUAUGGGCCCCGCGUCACCAACAGCAGCAUCGUUAUCAGCCCGAAGAUGACCAGGAACCUGGCCCCCUGCACAGCUCUGCCUGAGACCACAGAGGGGUAGGAGAAGGUUGUCUGCCUGCCCUCCUUCCCUCACCUCAGAAGGCCCUUCUGACAGCCCGUCAUUUGAUAGCCAUUCAUCCGUCCUCUGUCUGGGCCAACUGACUGCCAAAGGUCUCCUCCGGCGGAGCGUGUAGCCGGCAGCGAGGGCCCCUGCCCCUGGAGCUCCUGCCUCAGUUCCAACCUUGGGGAAACCCACCAGUUUGUGGGAGCCCCCAGUCAUGUGCUCUGACAUUUUCUCACAAUAAAUGUUUUCCGUAAAA